GGGCCUCGGGGGUGGGUGGCAGCGAAUGGGACCGUAAUGCCGAGAGGAGGCGCGAGGAGGUCGUUGCGCCCCCCAGAGGCCGCUCGCGGAACCAGGGCACGGCUCGUCCUGUCCUUCCCAUCUUCGCCCACGGAGCCCCCUUCGUCCCCCCCCCUUCGGGCGCGGAUCUCGGUCUCGGCUAUGCGUGGCCGUAAUUUUCUCGCAGCCCCUUCUCUGUCACCAGCAAAGUCUCCGAAAUGGCCGAGGCGGCGGGAGUCUCCUGGCAUAGGAGGGGGCACCUCCUCCCUCCAUUGGCUCCGCGGCACCCGACAUCGCCAUAAAUGCCUCUCCCGAGCCUCCUGCUGCCCCCUCAGCAGAGACACCUUCCAGAAGGGCGAGCGGGCGCGAGUGGCACUUGCCGCCGCCUGCUGCGAGUUCCUGCGCUUCCACGGUGUCCAGGCAGGCUCGGGUGUCUCGACUCACUCACUCUCUCUCUCUCUGUUUCCGGGCCGCUCCCCGCGGGGGACUCAAGCGUUGCUGCUUGCCUUGAAUGGUCCCUGCGGCUGCCAUGAACCAGGCCCCGGACCCCAAUGGCCCUGACCAGCCCGACAAAGAUGCCCGAGGCUCGGCUCCUCUCCAGCCGGGCGCCAGCACCGGUCCCAGCGGGGGGAUGCCGCAGACGCCCAACCUGCCUCACCUCAUCCACAAUGCUGCCAAACUUCUGGACAAGAACAUAUUCACUGUCAGCACCCCGAAUCCACUGCUUCCUUCUCCUGCGGGUCUUCAGCUUGCUCAGCUACAAGCCCAGCUUACCCUACAUAGGCUAAAAUUGGCUCAGACAGCAGUCACCAACAACACAGCAGCUGCAACAGUCUUGAAUCAAGUUCUCUCCAAAGUGGCCAUGUCUCAGCCACUGUUCAACCAAUUAAGACACCCUUCAAUGUUUAAUACCCCUCAGGGACAUGCUGGAGGGGCUGGUAUUAACAGUACUAGAUUUCCACCUGGUAUAAUACAUUUUCCAGCACAGAACCAUAGUUUGGCAGCACCAAGUGGAGCCUUGGGACCUGUAAGUAAUCUUCAAAGUCAGAAUCCAAAUACAAUGGUCAUAAACCCCUUUGGAGGUGCAAUCUCUCAGACAGCUGGACAACAGGCUGUAAUUAUGGGUCUAAAUAAGCCUAGUGUCUCCUCUGCUACAGGUGGAUUUUAUGACUAUGGUAAACAUGUAUUUGCUUCUGAUGCUGAACAAGGUGGCCAGCAUGGAUUUGCAACCAGUGGGUCUCAUUCAGUUCCAACAUCUUCUGGAGGAGGAACAUACGGUGGUCCAUUUGGUAAACAUGACAACCAACCAGGAUUUCAGAAAGAGCUUUAUGGAGCCACUUCCAACAGCCAGCAUACAACUGUUGCACAGCCUUUGACUUUUGCUAGUGAUCUGCAUAAUUCUCAUCAGAUUAUAAAUCAAAAAGGAGAGGCAGGUCCUGUGAUACACGAAACAGAAACAAGUAAUCAGUGGGAAAAUCCAUCUACUUUCUCUAGCCAAAAUAAACCUGACAUUAUGCCCAGUGCCAGCAUGUGGCCAUCAGCAAGUGUCUCGUAUGAAAUAAGAAAUGAUCUCUACAACCCUGAAGAACCAACGUCUGACACCAAAUUUAGUGCUGGUACUCCACCUAUUUUCAGCAGAGCCAAAAGCAGUAAGCAAAAUUUCAGUAACUCUCAAAUGAAACAGAAGCAGGAACCAAUUAUACCAGAUUUGUCAGUGAGACCUCUUCAGUCUCAUGAGCUAAAUGAUUUUCAUAGCUUAGCACCUCUUUGCUUCCCUCACAUCUGUACAUUAUGCAAUAAGAAGCUCUUUGAUCUGAAGGAUUGGGAUCAGCACAUUAAAGGAAAUCUUCAUAUUCAAAAAUGCAUGGCACUCUCAGAAAAGACUAACACUAAGUGUGUAUUCAGUUCGGCAGAAGGACUGUUGCACUCUUCUUCUCUGAAUAACACACCCGUGUUUAAUCUUUCCAGUGCUGAAGUUCCUUCAGAUUAUGCUUUAACUGCUGGAUCAUCAUACAACUCUACAUCUUCAUUUGGCCAGUCAAGUUCUACAUUCUCUUCUGUGCCAUUUGGAGUAAAUGUUCCACAAAGGAAAUCUAACCCUGGCCGUGUAGUGCACAUAUGUAAUCUUCCUGAAGGAAGCUGUACAGAGAAUGAUGUCAUCAAUCUUGGACUUCCCUUUGGAAAAGUCACUAAUUAUAUUCUUAUGAAAUCUACCAAUCAGGCUUUUCUAGAAAUGGCAUACACAGAAGCAGCUCAGGCUAUGGUGCAGUAUUACAAAGAGACACCUGCAAUGAUAAAUGAUGAAAAGUUACUCAUUAGGAUGUCUAAAAGAUACAAAGAACUUCAGCUGAAGAAGCCAGGUAAAAAUGUGGCAGCAAUAAUCCAGGAUAUUCAUUCUCAGAGAGAAAGGGACAUAUUGCGUGAAGCAGACAGGUAUGGACCAGAAAGGCCUCGAUCUCGAAGCCCUAUCAGUCAUUCUCCAAGAUCACACACUCCAAGUUUCACUUCCUGUAGUUCCCCUCACAGUCCACUGAGUACAAAUCGGACAGACUGGGGGAAUGGAAGAGAGACAUGGGAUCAGUGUUCUUAUUCUCGAAAGGGGGAAGAAAAAGAAGUAUUGCCAUGGAGGGAGGAUGGGGAAGAAAAAAGAGAUAGGGCUGACUUGUGGGUUCAUGAGAGAAAACAACAUUUACGCCAUCUAGACAAAUUAGACUUGGAAGAACGUAUUGAAGGAAUGAGAGGGCACAAAGAAAAAUAUUUAAGAGGGGGCUCACCUAAUGCAAAGAGGGCUCAUACCUUGCCUGGAUACAAAAGCAGAGAUGAUUACAGAAAGCCAUGUAAGCAAAAGUCCGAGAAGUAUCAAAAACAAGUGGUGGAUGGAGCCUCAAAAUGUAAAAGGAAGGAAGAGGUUAGAUUGGGAGAACACAGACUUUCUCAUUCUGAAGAUCCAUUUGUAGAAGAAACAUCAGAGCAAAAACUCAACAAAAUGUCUGACAGUAUGAGACAGAAGCAAAAUGAUAAGGAAAAACUCAAGGAAGUUGAUAAAAAGCCAGAGGAAGAGGUACCUUGUGUAGCUGAAAAACAUAAUACAAAGAAAGGAAAAGGAAGUGGAAAUGAGGUUGAAAAAAUAGAUUCUGAUAUGAAGAACAGCCCCUUUCCUACAAAUAAACAAAUGAAAGAAACAGAGGAUUCUGUGGAAAGUGAAAUAAAAGAGAAGGAUUGGGAGAGUGGAAGUGAGAUAGAGACUGAGACCUGGUAUCCAACUAAUAUGGAAGAGCUAGUAACUGUAGAUGAAGUGGGAGAGGAUGACCUUAUCAUGGAACCUGAUAUAACUGAACUUGAAGAAAUAGUAACAGUACGUCAGAAAGACGAAGAAUGCCCCAUAUUGAAUACUUUAGAUGCUGGAGUGGAGGUGAAGAAUGAGCAAAACUUAUUAAAUAGAAGCAAUGAUAAAUCUAAAGUAAUGGAUGCAGGCUUAGAGCCAGAAGGGGAGAAUACAGGGAAUCUCUGUGGCUCUGAAGGUAACAGUGCAGCUACUAAAGUAGCACAUCUAAAUCUGGACAUUGAGCAGAAGGCAGAUGAACUGCAUGAAAGCAGACCUCAGCAGGAUUCUAAUUACAAUCAUAAGGAGAAAAAUAUAAAUGAAAGCAUUAACAUUAAUUUGAAGUUGGAGAACCAGUGCAUAUCUUCCUCUCCUCCAAAAGAAGAGCUCUUCCAGCAAUCAAUGACAGAUCAUUAUAAAGUGAUGGACCCUCUAGAGAAUAAAAAAGCCAUGAAAUUGCUGCCAAAAAACACCCAAGAGGAGACAAGCAGUGGAAAUCAGGAGCAUCAGAGGACGUUGGUAAACUGUAGGUAUCAGGAAAUGAAAACUCCUGACCUACCAGAGGUGGAAUCAAGAAGAUUGUAUUUUUCACCAACAUGGGAACAAGAAGAUGUGUUUACAGAGCUCAGCAUUCCACUAGGGGUGGAAUUUGUUGUUCCCAGAACUGGCUUUUACUGCAAACUUUGUGGACUCUUUUACACAAAUGAAGAGGCAGCAAAGAGUCGCCAUUGCAGAAGUACUGUUCACUAUAGAAACCUUCAGAAGUACCUGUCACAGCUUGCAGAAGAAACGCUGAAGAGGAACGAAAAAGAAAGCAGUUUGGCACAAGAUGAUACUGGAAUUGUACCUCACUUUGAGGAGAAAAGGCUAUGAUAUUGACUAAUUUGAAAUGAAGAGCUCGGCCUUGUUUUUGCUUUUUUUUUACUGUGAUCCUGAUGAUACACCUUUAGUUUGCACUCUGGUGAAGGAGGGAAAGUGUAAUGAAGAAAAUUAUAAAAAUAUAAUGCCUGCAACACAGUGAAGCAACAGUGAUAAUCAGCAGAGUUCACCUUCCUCAGAUGGGUCUCUCUCUCCCCUCCCUCUCCUCACCAUCCUUCCCUCUUUAAAUCAGAAUUCUCAGGGAUUUUCUCAGUAUUAGUUCUGAUGUAAUUUCACGUAAAUUGUUAGAAUAUAUUAACUGGAAAAACUGACCUGAAUAAAUUUAUUUGUAUAGUAUUUUAAUUUACUCACCACUGAGCAAUGAACCACAGGUCUUUUAAUCAUAUCCUUAUGUUAGUGUGUUAUUGUUGGUAAUGUUGUGACAACACUAUCCUGUCUUGUUUGAAGUAAUCCAUGGUCCAUAUGUUUGAAGGUUUACAACCUCCAUCAGAGGGGACAGAAGCAGUGAAGCCCCUUCAUCUUCAGUCCUUAGACAUGUUUCAGAAGACUGAAAUCUGAAAACUUCUAGCACAUCAGGUUCCACAUUUAGUCACUGGUAAGAUUGGCAAUAAUUCUCAGAUUUUCAUAAAGCUUUAUUACUAUUAAAUCUAUACAGAUUUGCACAUGACUAAACUAAUAGUUUUAAGUGGAAAAAAACCCACCAUUCUUGUCUAGGUGAUGCACCUUUAUUUUAAAUGCUGCACCAUCUUUGAAGAAGCAUUGCUUCUUGCAUGAAAAAGAUGUUGACAAGGAAUGUCUCUUCUAAGAUGGUGCCUGCAACCCUGGGUUGAGUGGCAUUUGUCUGCUGUAUAAUGAAGCAAUCUUACUGAAGCUAAGUAGACUGGAUCUGGUCUGUUCCUAGAUUAGAAACUUUCUGAAAAUCCUGUGUAAGCUCCCUUGUGUUCCACGAUGGAACAAAGUUAGAUACAUCUUCAAACAUUUUUCAGUAAUUAAAUAGCUGAACAUUGAAACCUUAAUUUGAGCAGACUUUGAAUUUCACUUCCAUUAAUUUCUAUGUUAAUAUAUAGAGGCUCAACAUAGUAUCAGAUGUGGAUUUCAACAAUAUGUAUGUUAUGUAAUAUAGAGUUGCACUAAAAUAAGCAGUUUAUUUAUUUUAUUUAUUUCCAUGAAGCUUGAAGUGCUUGGAUGUAUAGAGCCUUUUAGUAGCAUUUCUCAUAAGUUUUAAAUGUUCCAAGAACCAUUGAGUUGCUGAGCCAAUUCAAAAAAAGACAAAGAAUAUUUACUGUAGUUUCUUAUUCAGGAUGUUUUUGAGGGAAAUGUGAAAUGUUAUAGGAAAAUACAGGAGAAAGCUUCUUCUCAUCCUAAAUUUUAACAGAUUAUCUUCCCAUACUAUUGGCACUUUUUGUAUUUGAAUUAAUUGGCACAAAUACUAAAAUACAGGCCAGGAACAUGUUACCUUCCCCCUGCUACCAAGAUCCUUUUCCUUGCAAGGUGGGGAGGUGUGAGAUCUGUUCAGUGCCUGCUGUCCCUAAGUUGGGUUCCAUUUUAUUAAAUGGUAUAAAUGUUCCAUUUCUUUCCAUUAGAGAUGGGGCGAAGCUGCCCAUUUCCAAUUCAUGAAUUUUAGAUCCUUGGAAUCCCUGGCCUUUGGCUUAGCAAUUAAAUGAUGGGGCAGGUGAGCAUAUGUAUUGUCUCUUGAGAUACUAAGUGUACCAAAUUUCUGCAUACAUCUUUUAAGAACAUUUUAUUGCAUCUUUCAAUACAAACAUUUUCACGGUAGCUAUGAGAGUUCUAAAACAACAAUUAAAGCAGAAAAAAAGCUAAUAUCCAGAACAGCAAAAAAGAAUCAAUGUUUACAGCCAGGAUUCAGAAACACAUAUAACCUUCCAGGAUUAUACAAAAGAUACUGUUAGUUUGUGAAGCCAUUUCUAUAGCCAAAAUUUGUGAGGUGCGUCUCAGUGAAAAUACUGACAUUGACAGUUUCAGGUAUAGAAAGAUGCA